CUCCUAACUAAUGAUUAUUUUACAUAUCAUUGAUAAACAUCAUUCAAUGCCCUCAGACGCGCUGGAUAAGCCGAUAGACGAUGUCGUCGCCGUCGAUUACGCCAGUCUCAUCGAUGCCGUCCUGGCCAGAGACGUCGACACAAUACGGUCAAUGCUUUCUUCGGGUGCCGAUCCAAACGCUCGCAAAGUCGGGAAGGAAAUGCCUGCCUGGCGCUCAGUAGAUGGACGACAUAUGAAGCCGGAGAGACAAGAUCCCAACUCGCGCCAUGAGCUGUAUCCUCUCGAUCUUGCGAUAACAAGCCGACCAGCUUGCAGUCGUAUAGUCAAUCUGUUACUCGAACAUGGCGCCGAUCCAAACUCUCGCUACCCUCAAACGACCAUAGCUCAUCGAAUAUUGGAAAGAAAAGGAUCUAGCCCUUAUAUGACGCACGGCAAGCGGAAUGUGUACCUCGACUUAAUUCUUCGGCACCCACUACUCGAUAUCAAUCUUCAAGAUGAGGUCGGCGUUCCAUUGAUCCAAACUGCUUUGGAAGUUGGAGACGCAAAGGCGGCACGAAUACUAAUCGAAAGAGGUGCCGACCUUUGUUACAGCGACGGGACCGGCAGAAAUGUCCUGCAUCUUGUAUCUGCCGACCUUUGCGCAAACGAUCUUGUUCAAAAUAUCAUCGCUUUAGCGCCAGACCUUCAGUACCAGUUCGACGAAGAUGGCAGAACCCCACUUCAAUAUGCGAUAGAUUGCCAAAAGCCAGGCAACCCGAGAGACGGGGUCAACCUUUUAAUCUCCGCGGGAGUCGACGUUAUGGUCAGAGAUGCCAAUGGCGAUACACCGCUUCACAUCCUCUUCAGAAGACCAUUCCUUCUCGUCGUGGACUACUACGGUGAUGCAGUUUGGCAGGGCUUUGUCAAGAAAACAAUUGAGUUACUGCUCUCUAAGGGAGCAGACAUCAACGCACAGAAUAAAGCGGGAGAAACACCUGUGUUCGGCUACUUCCGUGCGAGCAGCUUUAAGGUUGAUCUUACCUGGGCGAAGAUGGAUGAAGAGAAACAUGCUCUGUCUAAGAAAUGGGGCGGUGAUAGAUGGAAGGUCACAAAGGAACUUAAAAAUCAGAUUGCGGAGGAAAUGGAGCCGAAGAUUUGGGCGAUCUUUGACGAGAUGGGAGUGGACUGGUCGGUUGUUAAUGCAAGGGGAGAGGCUUUGCUUCAUGUUGUGGCGGGCCAGGAAUGUUCGACUGGACGGAUAGCCAGGUUCCAGUUCUUGGUGGGUAAAGGAUUAGAUCCUAUGGCAGAGGACAUGGAAGGUCAGACAGCGCUAGAUGUCGCGGCGAACAGAAAGGCGGACGACAUCUUGGCGUUGUAUAAAACAGAGUAAAAGAUCACCUUUUAGAAAGCCGGGUGACCGUGUUCCAAGUUGGA